GAGUUAUGCCACUCCCUUAGAUUAAGCGCCGGGCGAUCUCCACUUAAACUGCAGGCCAAAGCAUAAAGGCACCCUACUCAGUUAUCAUCACAUCGUCAACGCCAGUGUUCACUACAUUCAACUGAAAACAAUUCUUCCCGUUGAGUAAGAACACCCAUCAACCAUUAUGCAAGCAAUCCUCGUAGGAAUCUUUUUGGUAGCGGCAUUCUGCGGUGCCGAUGCUACAAUGCAAUGCUACAAUUGCACACUGCUCUCUAUGACGUUCAGUGGUCAAGAAAUGCAAGUUGGUGAGAAAGGAUGUCAGGAUCCUUUCAACAAUUUGAACAUCACACUUGUACCAUGUGAGACAUCGUGCGUGAAAUCCAUUUCCGAAGGAAGCAUGCCCUCUAUAAGGCGAUGGUGCUACGACGAGCCUUCAAUCCCAGAAUGCACGCAAUUGGAAAAUUUUGAAAUUAUGGGUAUAACUGUGAGUCAAUAUUGCUGCACUGGAGACAAAUGUAACAAUGCUGGAGCGGUUGGGUUAAGUCUAAUCCUUGCAAUUACUGCCGCAAUUACUGCACUUCUGUUUUAGUGACGUAUACUAAAGCGGUCUUUCACAACGUAAUUUCCAUCUGAAAUCAAUAUGCACAAGUAUACAUUUCAUUCGAUAACUAAUUAAGUAGAAAUGGGGGCUUUUUGAACGCGUGGUGGCGGCAGACUUAAUACGUAAAUUCCAUUGCUCUCGUUAAUGUGCGUAUGCGCAGAACUACGUUAACAAUUUAAAUUUACAUAGUAUGUCUGCUGCCACCUAGCGUUCAAGCUGAGUCUUUUGUGAUAAUAAUUGAAUUACAACACAACUCUUCAAAAUAAAGCUUUGAUGUGAACAGACAGCUAUUGGUAUACUUCAAUCAUAUCUGUUUAGUGUAAUAAUUAUCAGCAAGUGCGGAGAUUUCAUUGUUUAAAUCGUCUAAUUUUAUUGACAUUAUUUGGGAAAUGUCAAGUCCAUUUGCUUUUCGUUUCUAGAGACUAAG